AUGGCGAGAGCAAAGUUAAGCGGGCGGCAGAUCAUGCAGCUGUUCUAUACAGAAGUGGAUCGGUCUCUGUCUCCUAGUGCUGCUGAGAAGGAUCCGGAUCUAUCGACAGUCUUCCGGUGCAAGUGCGGCAAGAUGCGCUCCCAGAAACUCAAGCAUGGCUACACUAAUCUGGUGCAACACGUGCUCAUGAAGCAUUCGGAUUGGGUAACAGCGGCCUUACGAGAAGCUUUUCCGAGUCCGAUUCCUACACUUUCCAGCACUAUCAAGUCGCCGAGACUGAAGAAACUGCGGCUUGCGAAGGUUGAGGCCGAGACGAAGGUCUUGUGCAGCGGCGAUGGGAUUCCUGGCAACUUGACAGGGAGCGAAAAGGACGAAAUUGCGGCGAGUCAAUUGACGGUGAAAGCUCAGGAACCGACGGCGCCAUUAAAAGUGCAAAAGCGCUCGCAGUAUUUGUCGUGGGAUGACUACUUUAUGAGCGUUGCUUUUUUGAGUGCAAUGCGCUCGAAAGACCCGUCUACUCAAGUUGGAGCGUGUAUUGUGAACCCAGAACGGAAGAUCGUCGGAAUCGGCUACAAUGGAUUUCCAAAUGGUUGUGCUGAUGACGAGUUGCCAUGGGCGCGCGAAAGUGAGACGAGCUCUCUGCUUGAUACGAAAUACCCGUACGUCUGUCAUGCUGAAAUGAACGCCAUUUUGAACAAGAACUCUACUGACGUGAAAGGAUGCACGAUUUAUGUGGCGCUUUUUCCUUGCAAUGAGUGCGCCAAGCUCAUCAUUCAGAGUGGCAUUGCGCGCGUCGUGUACUGUUCCGAUAAGUACAAGCAGGACUGGAAGUUCGUGGCGUCGCGCAGGCUCUUGGACAUGGCUGGAGUGCAAUGCGUACAGCAUCAGCUCCAGCGGUCUAAUGUCAUGAUUGACUUUACUUCAGUUUGA